CAGGCCUAGAGCUCUGGAGGCGUCGGGCCCAGCCUGGGGACCAUGCAGCGGGAUGUGGGCAGCUUUCCCCUAGCCCCUGGCCUCAGGGCUAAGCUCAUCGGAGCCGGGUUCCAGACGGCCCAGGAGCUGCUGGAGAUCGGGCCCUGCGAGCUCAGCAAAGAAAUUGGAAUCUCUAAAGAGGACGCACUAGAAACCUUGCAAAUUGUAAGAAGAGAAUGUAACAGUAAUGCAACAAAGACUGCUGGUGAUCCGGAAGCUGUUGGGAAGUGCACAGCACUAGAACUCUUGGCACAAGAACAGGCACAAGGCUUCAUCAUCACCUUCUGUUCAGCUCUAGAUGAUAUUCUGGGAGGUGGUGUGCAACUAACAAAAAUCACGGAGAUCUGUGGAGCGCCAGGUGUUGGGAAAACCCAGUUAUGUAUGCAGCUGGCAGUAGAUGUGCAGAUUCCAGAAUGUUUUGGGGGGCUUGCUGGAGAAGCAGUUUUCAUUGAUACAGAGGGAAGCUUUAUGGUAGACAGAGUGGUAGACAUUGCAACUGCCUGUGUUCAGCACUGCCAGCUUAUUGCUGAAACACAUCAGGAAGAAGACUUUCAAAAAUCCCUGGAGACUUUCUCCCUUGAAAGUAUUCUUUCUCAUAUCUAUUACUUCCGUUGUCAUGACUACACAGAGCUGCUAGCACAGGUCUACCUCCUCCCAGACUUCCUUUCAGAGCAUUCAAAGGUCCGAUUGGUUAUUGUGGAUGGAAUUGCCUUUCCUUUUCGCCACGACUUUGAGGACCUCUCACUGCGAACGCGGCUUCUGAAUGGCUUAGCACAACAGUUGAUCAGCAUAGCAAAUGCUCAUAAAUUAGCUGUAGUUUUGACAAAUCAAAUGACAACAAGGAUUGGACAAAGUCAGUCCAUGUUGGUACCUGCUUUAGGGGAAAGCUGGGGACAUGCUGCUACCAUCCGUUUAAUCUUCCACUGGGACAACAAACAGAGGUUGGCAACAUUGUACAAAUCACCGAGUCAGAAGGAGUCGACCGUACCUUUCCAUAUUACACCUCAUGGCUUCCGGGAUGUGCAUCCUCCACCUCCAAGCCAGACCCCAGCAGAAGUUGAAAUUAACCCUCGAAAACGGCCACGGAUAGAAGGGGACAAACAACAGUGAUACAAAGGAUAAACUUCAACAAAGGGGCUUCAGCUUCUUUAGUUGAAGAAUAUUGUAGCUGCUACUUGUAUGUCUGAGCACGAGAGAGAGAAACACUUGCUCCAUGGAACAAUGGGAUCCGAUUCAAUACAUCAGAUGACAUAAAGUCUUGAUCAUGCAUUCGCUUGUGUGUGCAGCUGAACUUUAAUAGGGCUCCGUGCAAUGGUCUGUCCAUAUGGAACAAGCUGCAGGAUAAGGGCCUCAGUCAAUGAAACUGAAGCACCUGCUUAAAGAUAAGAAUGUGUUUAAGUGCUGUGCUAAAUCAGGGCUUUAGCCCAUAACUACUGCGAUGUCCAUGUUAGAGACCAGUCAAAGCUUUUUAACAGCUGAAGCAUUUGUUACUGGCCAUGGUCCGACACAGCAUACUGGAGCAGAAGGACAUAGGGAUUGCUGUACUGGAUAAGACCCAAUCUUGGUGAAUGGGAAACAUUUGAGGUCUAAUCUACAUGGCUGGAUAGUCUUCAGCCUCUAUUCUACCUUUCUUCUAAUAAAGGAUUUAGUAUGGUGAUCCUAAUCACUAGGGCAUGUUUUGUUUGUGGUCCUAAUUUAAUUUAGAGAAGAGAGAUGGGUUUCUUAAAAGAUAGCAAUGUACUAGGAGCUCCAAAAUCUAAACCGAAGGGAAGAACAUAAAUGUACCCACUGAAAAUGCAGCAAAGAUCUAGUCUCUCUCACAGAAAAUAAACCUUGAAUGACUGCAUGGCAAUUCAAAAUAUUAAUUAUUGCAAGA